CUCUCCCUCUCCCUCUCCCUCUCAGAAACCAAAACCCGGAAAUUCCUAAAACAUUCCGCCCUUUCUUCAGAAGUCAUAACCCCGUACAACCCCCAAACCUGGAACUUUGCAGAAGAAGCAGAAAGGAAACACAAUACUAAAAAACCAAAUGCGACCACCGCCAGCAGCAACCGCGCAGCACCUCAUCCACAUGUCUCCACCGCUUUCCUCCGGGGAGCCACAAUUGUCCUCCACUUCAACCUCAUCGUGCAACCCCCAUACUUGCAGGUGGCGGCCUUACUCCAGCUCCAAUGACUUUGAAGCUAACGCAGCCAUGGUCUUAAUCAUUCUCUUCUGUGCUCUAAUAUGCUCGCUGGCUCUUAACGCAGCCAUCCGCUGCUUUCUGCGUGGCGGUGGUGGCCGUCCGCGCCAAUUUCGCCACAACAACAUUCCCCAAACCCAGCAAGAACUUGAACAGAGAAAGCCUAUCCCAGAGGCAGCUGUAGCAAGCAUGGUGGCAGCACCGACGCUGGUUUACACAACCGGGUUGAAGCUGGCAGGAGCAGAGGCUGAAUGUGCAAUUUGCUUGUCUGAAUUCGUGGAGGGAGAGGGGAUUCAAGUGUUGGCGAAGUGUAAGCAUGGAUUCCAUGUACAAUGUAUCCAGCAGUGGUUGUCUUCCCACUUCUCUUGUCCCACUUGCCGUUCUAGUUGUCUUUCACCAUCUCCAUCCUCAGAAGAAACUACCCACCAAUGCGUCGAUAACAGUUCGCAAACAGUGAUGCCCGAGCGGGAACGGGAACCGUAGCAGCUUUGCUUGCUCUUCUCCAUAGCGUAUGUAUGCAAUUGGCUUUAACAUAUUUCUUUUGUUAAGUUUUUUUUUUUUUUCAUUUAACGAGUACAACACUGUAUUUAACAUUCAGUACAAUUCUUACGUACGAAUUGGAGAACUUCAAAUGAUAUCAAGAACUGUACCCAUAAUUAUGACAAAA